CGCGUGCUGAGGACGGUGGUGGAGGGGGGGCUGGAAACCGUCAACCCGCAGCGCGAGCGCACUGUGGAGAGUUCAGAGGAUCGAGUCGAGCGAGGCGGCGGACGCGACCAACCAGUUUGUGAAAGAAAAGUUGACGCCGGCGCUGAAGAAGAAAGAAAAGAAAGUCGGGAUAAAAAAAAAAAAACGAAAGCGUUUUGCUUCGAAGAUUACAAUGAAGUCGAGAAAUAAGGUCACGGAUACCUGAGUUUUGUGGAGGAUAAGAAAAAAAGCCAACUCCACGACCUGGAUAUUAAGUUUGGAGAAUAACGUUCUGAAAGGGGGGUCGCUUCAUUGGAGGAUUUUCCUAUUUUUUUGACUGAAAUUUUCUGUUAAAAGAUGGCGGUUUGGAGGCAGGUGGCGAUCCGUGCGAUCACGGGGUGUUUCCUGCUGUUCAGCUUGAGUUCUGGUCAGUACAACGGUGAGAAGGGGAUCUCAGUGCCAGAGCACGGUUUCUGCCAGCCCAUCUCCAUCCCUCUGUGCACAGACAUCCAGUACAACCAGACUAUCAUGCCUAACCUUUUAGGUCACACCAACCAAGAGGAUGCUGGAUUGGAAGUGCACCAGUUCUACCCGCUGGUUAAAGUGCAGUGCUCGCAGGAUCUCAAGUUCUUCCUGUGCUCCAUGUAUGCGCCGGUGUGCACCGUGCUCGAGCAGGCCAUCCCUCCGUGCCGGUCUCUGUGCGAGCGGGCGCGCCAAGGCUGCGAGGCGCUCAUGAACAAGUUCGGGUUCCAGUGGCCCGAGCGGCUGCGGUGCGAGAACUUCCCAGUGCACGGUGCGGGAGAGAUCUGCGUCGGACAGAACACGUCGGACGCCGGAAAGCCGACGUCCGAUCCGACGCCGAACAUGGAGGACAAUUUCACGCCGCGCCCGAUUGAUCGAUGGGGUCAACCUUUCUCGUGUCCUCUUCAGCUGAGCGUGCCUUCCUACCUCAAUUAUAAGUUCUUGGGAGCCAAAGAUUGCGGGGCGCCCUGCGAACAUUCGCAGCCGCACGGACUGAUGUAUUUUAAAGAGGAAGAAGUGAAAUUUGGGCACCUUUGGGUCGGGAUUUGGUCUAUACUGUGCUGCCUGAGUACUCUCUUUACGGUCCUCACUUACCUCGUGGACAUGCGGCGCUUCCGUUAUCCUGAGCGUCCGAUUAUCUUCCUGUCUGGUUGCUACUUCAUGGUGGCUGUGGCUUACGUCACUGGGUUUCUUCUAGAGGACCAGGUGGUGUGCAUUGGCAAGUUUGGGGACAAUGGCUACAAAACUGUGGCACAGGGAACCAAAAAGGAGGGAUGCACUAUCCUGUUCAUGAUCCUCUACUUCUUUGGAAUGGCCAGCUCCAUCUGGUGGGUGAUUCUGUCCCUGACCUGGUUCCUGUCAGCCGGGAUGAAGUGGGGACACGAAGCCAUCGAGGCCAACUCGCAGUACUUCCACUUGGCAGCAUGGGCUGUUCCCGCUGUGAAAACCAUCACGGUGCUGGCACUUGGCCAAGUCGACGGUGACAUCCUCACGGGAGUUUGUUUUGUGGGCAUCCACGAUGUAGCAGCACUGCGGGGCUUCGUCCUCGCUCCUCUAUUUGUCUACCUCUUCAUCGGGACGUCCUUUUUGUUGGCCGGAUUCGUGUCUCUCUUCCGCAUCCGCACCAUCAUGAAGCACGACGGCACCAAGACGGAGAAGCUGGAGAAGCUGAUGGUGCGCAUCGGCGUUUUCAGCGUGCUCUACACCGUCCCCGCCACCAUCGUCAUCGCGUGCUACUUCUACGAGCAGGCCUUCCGCGAGCAGUGGGAGAAAACGUGGCACAUGCAGACGUGCAAACGCUUCGCCGUGCCGUGUCCGGCCGCUGACUUUGCGCCCAUGUCCCCGGAUUUCACCGUCUUCAUGAUCAAGUACCUCAUGACCAUGAUCGUUGGGAUCACGUCCGGAUUCUGGAUCUGGUCGGGGAAGACGCUGCAGUCGUGGCGCAGGUUCUACAAGCGGCUCGGAAGCGGUCAGGGCGAGACGACCGUGUGAUUUCGUAUAAACCUGCAAGCAAAACUGACAGACAGACAGACAGCCUACAUGUCUCAGAACUGCAGCGUGGAUUAAAAAAUCAGACUUCUAUGACAAGAUGCCCGGAGGAGGAUUUUGCUCUGAUAAUCCACACAAACACACACACACCAAAAAGAUCGCCUUGUUUCACUUAAAUACUUGAACUUUUGGCCCUAAAUGUCUACACUUUUUUUCCUUUUCUACAACUUUUGCAUGAUUUUAAAAGACUUAUUUUUACGUGUUCAAAAAUGGCUUUUUUUUUUUUUUUUUUUUUUUUUAUUAAAGAAAAUACAGUUUGGUACCUUGCAAAAAAAAUGCUCAGUGUGACGUCGUAAUGGCGAGAGAAUCAUCUCCGCAGUGGCCAAAAUGUAGUAUUUUAUAAUCUUGUGCCUUGUAACGUUUUUGGACCCUAUAUGUUUUUCAUUCAGUUUUUUUCAAGAAUGUUUUUACGUGUUUAAUGUCCUUUAGAACUAGAUCCAUUGGGUUCGUGCGGCUGUAAGACUUCAUAGUGAAGGUUUCAGACAGACAGGCUCUGAUGAUGUGGCUGUGAUCGGUGGGAUUCAAUGUAGAAGGUGAAAUAAUUUUUUUUUUUCUUUUCUUUUAAAAAUGUCCUAUUACUGUUUAAAGACAUUACCUGUAUUUAUUUAAAGUAAUCUCAUUUUUAAGACCAUAUUCUCCACUCAGCAGUUUCACUUAAUAAAGUGAGUAGAUUUUUAGAA